UUCUAUUCCCUCUCAGGACUCUUGCUGCAGCAUUUUGGAUUAGCUGAAGGCUUUUCAGCGAGUUUUCAGGACUUCCUGAUAAUAAUGAAUUGCAGUAGUCCAUAUUAGGACAUGCGCAACCACAUACUAUCUGCUAACAUGUAUUUGUUAGUGGAUAAGUGGAUUUCCAAGGAAUUGUCACUGAUUAGAGUGAAUUUAAAGAAUGACAAGAAAACAUAUCAGUGCUCCAAGAAAUAUUCAAAAUGUCCAGUAAGUAUGGAUGAUUGUAAAAACUCCACUGCUGCUUUUAUUGGGUGUGCCAUAUCAAAUAUUGAAAGAUGCCAGGAAAAUUUCACAUAGCACAGCAUGCAGUGAGGCGGACCAUCAUCUGGAUUAUUGGCAAAAAAGAUUUUACUAAGUAAAUGGGGAAAACCCAUUUCCCGCACAGAUGAAACAACAGUCAUGGUGGGAUGGGAGGUGAGGCUCUUGCUAAUAUCAUCUGUUGGUGUAGUAAUUAUUAAAAUUCAGUAAAUGUGGAGUCUAACAUGCAAAACAGGUCUACAUGAAGGUGUGUGUAUAUGACAUAUUUUCUAUUCGGCUGAAGCCCUGUAAUGGGAAACAUAUAUAUUUAUCAAAAUGUGAUAAAAAUAAUCUGUGAAGAAAUUUGAAUCAAUGUAUUUUUAUUCGCUAUCUUCUUGUGGAUAUAAUUAUUAUAUUUAUGAAGCAAUCAUAAUUUAUCAAGCAAUAUUUGUUCAUAUGGCUCAGCUAAGAUGAAACUGAAGUUCUUCUGUGUUUACCCACCCUGCAGUCUUUUUAGUUGUGCAAAUUUAUACAUAAAGAAAGGUGGAGGAAAAUACUUUCAGUCUCUACUUGAACCUACAUCCUUACUUCCCCCCCCCCUUCUUUCCAUCUCGCUUCCCCUCCUUCCCCGUUUCUUUCCUCUGCCUCUUUUUCUCCAUAUGAUUAGUCCUGAAUCAUGUUCCAGUGAAUGUACUUCUCGGCCAACUAAACUAAUAAAUACGCUCUACAUGAUUGAUCCUUCUGCCUGUCCUGUUUACAUAGUGUGCGCUCCCCUGCGCCAAGAGGCGUUGACCUUUCACACACAGGGCAGCUCACCCUCUUUAUCUCGCAUCAUUGUGCAGCUGAUGAGUAGAUUGCAGCCAAUCAGGUGGGAAGGUUUCGCUUACUAUAGCAGAGGAACACACUCAGAUCUGCCCGAGUGGGGAUGACAGGGGGAAGAUGGGAUGUUUUCCUCCUCUGUUCACAAAGGAAUACUUUCACUGCCCCUGGCAGAAGGCUUCUUUAUUAAAGGGACCAGAUGUGGCAGACAGCAGUGUGUUGUAAUGUAGCCACUGUGUCAUGAAUCAACUGCUCUGUUGAUCUUGUGACCAGCCGUGCCCCCCGGUAAACUCCAGAGUUCAAAGGUUGUCUCUCAAGCUUGUCUCUAAUCUGCACUCCAAAAGAGAGGAGAGGUCUAAAUUGGCCCUCCGUUGGCAUUACACUGGAUGUACAUUUCUGGGCUCAUGUUUGACAUUUUCUGGUACUAGCUCACCAGCUGUGAAGGGUUUCAUGUUUUUCAAAAUGUUGUCCAUUUCCAGCUGUCACCUUAGCUUUUUAUGGGUAUUUUGCACAGCUUUAUAGUAUGAGGAAGUAGUCAAUGACAGUUAUUGUUCUUUGAAAAUUUGACCCAAAGAGCCCCUUUUUUCCCUCCUUGAAGGAGUGUUAACAGAGAAAUAGAAUAGCAGUGAUACAUAGCUCAAAUAAUGGAAGAUCAGUGACACUUCAAACUGUCAAAGUUCUCUGAACUUUGACACAAGCGAUUGAAGCAACAACCAGUGGGAGAAGUAUACUGUUGAUUGACAUAUGACAGAGUAAGGAAGGUUACCUACACAGAAAUGUCUGUUAUAGCAGCUGUUAGCGGCAAAGUGAUACUUGACGGUGGAAAAAGCCUUACAUGUGGAGAAGGUAGGCACACAGUGUUUAUUAGACCUGCAGUUCUAUGAAACCAUUGUAGAAAAAAUCUGCUUUCCCUUUCCCACCUCUGCUUUCUCAUCUCUGGUUUCCCAUCAUGACAUCAGCUAUUCUUCUGACACCAUCCAGCCCCCCCAACAUUUGACCUGGUGACAAAAGGAGCCUGUCCUUUUCAUCUACUUUUAAUCUUACCCUCAGUAUUAAUAUGACUACUUUGGACGUUUGCUGCUUUGAACGGAGGUGACCCUCUGCCAGCGGCCAGUCCAUUCACAUACAUAUUUGAAGAAUGUUUCUGUUUUUUUAUUUUUCCUUCUAGCAAUCUCCCUAAGGUAUGGAGGAAAUGGAAAGACUGAGAAGAGCAAAAAAAGAAAGUGAGGGAGAAAGAGAGAGCGGAGAUAUUCUAGGGGGGGAUUGUGGGAACCCACUGAUAAAGGCGUGCAUCUUAAUCCAUCCUAAGGCCUGUCUUAUGCUGUGCUAUAAGCUUUUAUGUGAUCAUUAGGAGUGUGUGCCCUCACGCACAUCCACAUGCAUGCUUUAGGUAUAAGUGUGUGUAUGUGGCUUUGCAUAUUUGAUAUGUUAAUGUUCACUAAUGCUGUGGUAAAGUCUUUUUGAAUCUUGUAUAUCAAGGCUCCUCGAGAUCCUUACAGUAGAUGUCUUCUAUAGAAACAUGGCACACCCACUCGUUUUCACAACAAGGUAACAGUACUACAAGUGGAGUGCAUAAUGACUUGUUUUAUAGCAUAUGAGUAUAUUAAAAGUACUAAUUAAUGCUCUGCAAUUCCUCUGUAAUGCUUUGCACUAGGUAGGGAUUUUCUGUGUGUGUCUCUCUCUCUGAGGUUAUGCCUUCAGCUCCCUUGUUCCUCCUUGAGCUUUAGUGGAAUUUGGCUGAUGUGCGCCGAGGGGAGGAGAGGAAGGAGGCGCUCAUCUUGUUUCAGUGCUUUAUGAGUCUGACGUGUUCGUCUGUAAUUGCAGUUAUGGGUGAUUAAACUCUCAAUGCCCCUCAGGAUCCACAGCCAGCUAUCAAUCAGCGUCGGGCCGAGCUGCACAGCACUCAGAUUGGUUCCUCUGUCUGUCUGUCAGAUAUCCUGCUUCAUGCCGCUCUGUAACAUAGCCGUAUAGCGGAGCUGCAGUUUGCUAUUUUCAAAAUAGGCAAACACAUGUUGCAUUUCGAGUUUAAUUAAGUGAUUGUCAGAAAAGGGGAAUGAACUGCAACUUUUCCAUGAGGUGUCAUCCUCCCUUGUUUAUAUUUUUCUGUUUAACAAAGCUGAGGCUUAACAAGCCUUAAGAUAAGUCGGUUUGUGAAUUCUUGACUUUACAGGUCACUUGCCAAGCAAAGUAGCCACUUAAUGGUUAAAAAUUGUAAACAUUUUCUAAUGUAUUUUUAGUAGUUACAUAAAUACAUAAUAUGUCAUGUGCGAAUAAAAUUCCAUUGAAUAAAUUGAGUGUUUAAUUAUUGUUUUUGCUCUUUUUUUUUAAUAUCCUCCUCAUCUAUGGGUUUCAGAUACUUGCUGAAGCAUAUAUGCGAGGCGCAUCAUCUUUUAUAGUUUAACUCUAAAAGCCGAUGUGUGUGGGUGGGUGGGUGUACGUGGGGCUUUUGAAAUUAAUAAUCUGUUGAUGGCUUCAUGGUUUCUUUUAUGUUUAUGUAUUCAUACCCAUGCUGUCAUGCAUGGCAAAUCAUUGCAGUGUGUUUGCAUGUGUGGUAACAUAUUUAUGACUUAAAACAAUUGGUGGGUAGAUAGGGGGAUCAGGGGGUUGGAACUUAGGCCUGCUACUUGCUCGUCUAAUUGGUGAGUGUUUGCAUCUGUGUGUGUUUAUGAAAAAUGUGCAACUUAUCUACAGAGGCAAUAUACAACCGCGGGAGUCUUGUCCUCCUCACUAUCCUCCUCUGACACUCCAAUGGCAAGAGGACAGCAUUUUCUCAGCUGAGAGAAGAUGGCAGCCAGGCAUCUGAACAUUCCCUAUCGCAAGGAUUUGAGUCCAAGCAAAACACUUCAGUAUGUGUGUGGUAAAGAGGAGUGUGCCUGUUUGUGCAAGUUAUCUGCCAGUGGCCUCCUCCCAUUAGUUUGCUGAUUUGGUUGAGCCCUUGUCUUCUGUUGAAGGUUGUGUGUUUUCAUUUCUUUGUCUCCUCCUCUGUGUUGUACUUCUGGAUGCAACAAGGAUAAAGAAAAGAGUAAUUCACACCCUCGUUGCCUUAAGGAUCCUUGUUAGAUAUGGCAGAGUGACCUCACAGUGGAGGAUGCAGUGCCAAGAGGGCAGGAAAAAUAAUUUUUCUCAAAGCAAAGGCAGAAAUAUGAAGAAAAGAAAAUAGAUUGAAGUGAAGAAAUGACUCCUCUUGCACCACAUCUAAAGCCUUUGGCUAGACUGAAGUAUCUGUCUGGGUAAAGGGCAAAGUCUGUAGAAGUUACAUACUGAUUCAUUUGUGAAAGCCCACAUGGACACUAAACAGUAUGAAUACACUAAGACCUCAUACACAGUGCCAUUUUAUUUUUUGCGUACUUGUCACACUAACAUGUUUUAGAUAAUCAAACAGAUUUUAGUAUUAGACAAUGAUGACCUGAGUAAAUACAAAAUGAGAUUUUAAAUGACAAUUUCCUUUAUUAAAGGAAAAAAGCUCCAAAUUUGAAAUUGAAAAGCAAUUGCCGCUAUUGUUAAAUCAAAGCUAACCACAUUUGUCACAGACGUGUUGAUUCAAGAAAUCACGUACAUAGAACCUGUCUGGUAAAAAAGCAACACAUUAUGCCACGAGCUAAAGAAAUCCAAAAACAGGUAAGCAACAAAGUCAUUGGCAUUUGUCAGUCUGGAUAUUUCUGGGACUCCAGCAAACUACAGCGAGAGCCGUUAUUUACAAAUGGAGAACAGUGGUGAACCUUCCUAUGAGUGGCCAGCCUACAAAAGAAUGUCUCAAUGGUCACAAAAGAACCCAGAACAACAUCUAAAAAAAGUGAAGGUCUCACUUGCCUCAGUUAAAGUCAGAAUUCAUGAUCUAAUAAUUAGAGAUUCGGCAAAAAAUGCCCCCCCCCAAAAAAAACAAACCCACUGCUGGAUUCUGAUAAUUCUUGAAAUUAAGAAGAGGUAAAAAAAGAAAAAGAAAAUGUGGUGGUUCCCAUCAAGAUGUAAAAAUAUUCUAUCGAUGACGAGACUUUUUAUUCCCGUUACAUCUGGUGUAAAGCUGACACAGCAUUUCAUUAAAAGCGCUUCAUCAAACAUGUACCUGAAUGAUUUGCUGCAACACACCAGCAAGUAUACCUCUGAAUCGCUAAAAAACACAACAACCCCAAAACAAAUGAAGGUUUCAGAGUGGUGCUAGAAAAACUUCCAAUAUGGUUGAAUUAAAACAAUUGUACAAAGAGUGGGAUGAAAUUCCUCCACAGCAAUGUGAAAGACUAAUUGUCUGUUAUCCCAAAUGCUUGUUAUCCCAAAUGCUGCGCAGUUCUUGCUGCCAAAGCAGGCACAUCCAGUUAUUAGGUUUAGGGGGCAAUUGUUUUCUCAUUUAUAGACCAGAUUGGUCCUGCGACUGACUAAUGACUCCACCCCACUGUUUGCAUGGAUUUAAAAAAGAAGGAAAAAAAUUAGGAAGGGACAAAUAGUUUUCGCAGUACUACAGACUUGGUGUAUAAAUUCAUCAGGUCAGGUGACCUCUUCGCCCUUGGGAUCACCAACCUCCCACCGUGGAAUGCACCCAUCUCUACUCAGCCCAACGUCCAUGGGGCCCUCAGGCCCUCUCCACUCUCCCAUCAGUACGCUGAGCUCUCCAAUGAAUGGCCUGGCUUCACCCUUCUCUGUCAUCAGCUCACCCAUGGGCCCUCACUCCAUGAACUCACCUGGCAUGGGCUACGGUCCUAGCGUUAGCCCCCAGAUGUUCCAGCUGAACUCUCCAAUGAACUCUGUCAGCAGUACAGAGGACAUAAAGCCUCCACUGGGCCUCAACGGCGUGAUGAAGGUGCCUGCCCAGCCCUCGAGCACAGCUCUGUCACUCACCAAACACAUCUGCGCCAUCUGCGGUGACCGCUCCUCAGGUAAACACUAUGGAGUCUACAGCUGCGAGGGCUGCAAAGGUUUCUUCAAAAGGACUGUCCGCAAAGACCUGACCUACACCUGUCGUGACAACAAAGACUGUGUCAUUGAUAAACGCCAGAGGAACCGCUGUCAGUACUGUCGCUACCAGAAGUGUUUAGCCAUGGGCAUGAAGAGAGAAGUUUUGUUACAUGCAGCCGUUCAGGAGGAGCGCCAGCGAGCCAAGGAGAAAAAUGAGAACGAGGUGGAGUCUACCAGCUGCGCCAACGAGGACAUGCCCGUGGAGAAGAUCCUGGAAGCCGAGGAAGCAGUAGAACCUAAAACCGAGACCUACAUCGAGACCAACCUCGGUGUGCCAUCAAACUCGCCCAACGACCCAGUGACAAAUAUCUGUCAAGCAGCUGACAAACAACUUUUUACCCUGGUUGAGUGGGCUAAAAGAAUCCCCCACUUCUCUGAGCUGCCGCUGGACGACCAGGUCAUCCUUCUACGAGCAGGUUGGAACGAGCUCCUCAUUGCAUCAUUUUCGCACCGCUCGAUAGCGGUUAAAGACGGGAUUCUGCUGGCAACGGGGCUGCACGUUCACCGCAACAGCGCCCACAGUGCUGGAGUGGGAGCCAUCUUUGACAGAGUGCUGACAGAGCUGGUGUCAAAGAUGAGGGACAUGCAGAUGGAUAAGACAGAACUGGGGUGCCUUCGAGCUAUUGUCCUUUUCAACCCAGACUCUAAAGGUCUGUCCAACCCAGGCGAAGUAGAAGCUCUGAGAGAGAAAGUCUACGCGUCUUUAGAGGCCUACUGCAAACAGAAAUACCCAGAGCAGCCUGGCAGAUUUGCUAAGCUGUUGCUGCGAUUGCCUGCACUGCGCUCCAUCGGUCUUAAGUGUCUAGAGCACCUGUUCUUCUUCAAGCUCAUCGGCGACACGCCCAUUGACACCUUCCUUAUGGAGAUGCUAGAAGCUCCACAUCAAAUGACAUAAUAGAGGUGAGGGGUUGAACCCUCUUUACCUCCACCCAACCCUCCUCAUCAGCCUUGGAUCAAGAGGGGGGCCUUUUUCCUUUUUUUUUAAAAAAAAUAAAAAAUAAAAAAUCUCCAGCAAGGGACAAAUCACAAGACAGCCUUGGAUGGAGAACCUCCCCCUUCCUCCCUCUUUUUCUCCUCCUCCGUCCCUUCUACCCCCUCGCCUCGCUUAGAUGUUUUCAAACAAUGAAUCCGUCAUGCCCAUGGGUCUGUUUUAUACCUUGUAAAAAAUAUAAAUACGAAUAAGAAAUAUUAUAUAUGAAAACCACGCAGCAAGACGAGUGACAACGGUGGACUGAAAUGAGGACGGACAGAGGACAAAAGAAACAUAUUGAGCCAUUGUUUUCAUCAUCACUUUUCCUACACCUUGACAAGAAAAAGCUGAGAUGAUCAGAUUUUAACACAUAAAGACAGAAUUGCUCUU